AUGAGAGGAAGAUGGCACAAUGGAAUAGACAAAUGGAACCACAUCAACCAAGUCAUAAGAGAUAAAAAGAUUGGGAUUAUGGCCAUCCAAGAAACACACCUGUCGAAGGAGGAAGAAUCCAAGCUAAAUGAAACCUUCGGAUGUUGGCUAAAAAUUGUAUCAUCCAUCGACCCUGAAAACACCAAUGCCAAAGGUAUAGCAAUUGUACUGAACGUACAAAUGACAAGGAGUAAGGAAGUAACCUCACUCGAAAUUGUCCCAGGAAGAGCAUUAAUGAUACACAUACCAUGGACCAAAAACACGAUAUUAACAAUCCUAGCAAUAUAUGCGCUGAAUGAACCAUCAAAAAAUCAACUGUUUUGGGAUGAAUUACGCACCAAACUAGAAGGAAAGCCCAAACCAGAUGUGAUGCUCGGUGACUUUAACAUAGUUGAAGAUGCCCUGGACAGACUACCAUGUAAACAAGACAAUGAGUAUGCUACUGAAUCAUUAGUAAAUCUAAAACUAAGCCUAGACUUAAGAGACAGAUGGCGUGCAGAAAAUCCCAACUCACUUGCAUUCACGUUUGCACAAUCUCACCGGCAAGGAGGAAGACAAUCAAGAAUAGACAGGAUAUACAUCAGCGAGGACUUCAUGCCCUUCAGCAAAGAAUGGCGUAUAGAACCAUCUGGAAUUGCAACUGAUCACCAAUUAAUAUCAGCGAGAAUAUCAGACAUACGUAUGCCAUUUGUAGGCAAAGGCAGGUGGACACUGCCACUAUUCAUCCUCAAAGACAAAAGAGUACAGAAUGAAAUAGUUAAGAUGGGACGAGCCCUGCAAAAAGACAUAAUAAGCUCUCAGUCUAACCGAUCAGAGUUUAACAACCCCCAAAUAAUAUUCAAAAUGUUCAAAGACAAAGUAAUUCACCUAUGCAGAGAUACAGCGAGGAAAUCUAUCCCGAUAAUUCAAAACCGUAUCAAUACCUUGAAAACCCAACUCAAAACAUGCCUAAACGACCAUAAUCUCCCCGAAGACAAACAACAAUUUGUUGGAAUAGAACUGCAAGAGAAAAUCAGUAACCUAGAAAGGAAACACCACGAAAACAUAAGGGACAACUUAGCAGUAAAAAUGAGAAUCAAGUGUGAAUCACCUGUAAGCAAACUGUGGUCAAGAUCUGGGAAAGACAUUAAGCCCAGAGACACGAUUGUCGAGUUGAAAACAAUAGACUCACCGGCAGAAGCCCCCAUCUACGAAUCACGGUCAGAUAAGAUGGCUCAAAUUGCAAGAAACCAUCACAAUAACCUACAAAACGAAGACCUAGCACCAGAAGAAGACGUGCCGCCACGGAAACAGUUAUGA